CGAGCUCUCAUUUCGUAUUGAUUUUAAUGCCGGCAGUUUUGAUUUCAGAUUGAGAACGAAAGAUAGCACUCUCUGUAUACGUUUGCACAAUGUCUUGCAAGUUAUUUCAGUAUUUCGCCAGACGUUGCGGGAUUCGGUUAUAAAACGAAGCUAACAGUCACAUAUCGGUCCGGUUUCGAGUCCCAACCCGGACAACGAUACACGCGGUCAACUUAUGCCUUUGGCGCCAUAUUAAGGGAUUGGUAGACAUCAAUUACCCCACAAACACCUGGCAAGUGUUUGGAAAAUAAGCUAAACAAACGUGUCAAAAUUUAAACAUUAAGUGGUAAAAGAGCAUUAAGUGCAUCGUUAAAAGUCGAUGCGAUUAGAUAACGGGAGCAGACUAAUCUGGACACUGCCAACGUAUUGGGGCAACCUGUGCGAAUUCCCACCAACUGAAACCGUUUUUGGUAACAGUACCCAGAGGAUGUCACAGGAUAAAGAUACAUAGAUAAGAUUAGCUUGGACAGACAACAACUAAAAACGUAUCAGCAUGUCAACUCCAACAUCACCAGCAUCUGUACCUCUCCUUGACUUUGACGAAAUCCUCACCCAAAUUGGCGAGUUUGGACGAUUCCAGCGACGAAAUUAUCUACUUAUCUGCCUGCCGGUUCUCUUCGCGGCGGCCAAUAGCCUGUCAUACGUGUUUACGGCGGGGGCACCCACAUAUCGUUGUCUAGUUCCCGCCUGUGAUAGCCUAGAGGCGCCGGAUUAUGGAGCGGAUUGGGUGUCGAUAGCCGUUCCCGGGCGAUGGAAUAAGCAAGGUCAUUUCACCCCAGACACCUGUUACAAGUUUGUGGAAAAUAAAACCGACUUGGAAAUUCCCUCAUCCGAACAAUGUACGGCGGAUAACUUUACAACUUAUACGGAACGGUGUUGGCAGUUCGUCUACGACGGGUGCGAAAGAACUAUUGUACAGGAAUGGGGACUCCAGUGUCAGGAGAACCUCUGGAAACUGGCCUUUGUGGGAACCACACACUUUGCUGGCCUGGUGGUGGGCACGGCCCUGUCAGGCUACCUGGCUGACCGCUUUGGACGCAAGCAUGUAUUCCUAGACUGCAUUGUGUUUAUGGCCCUGACUGGAGUUGGACAAGCUCUGGCCUGGGACUACAUCAGUUUCUUGGUUUUUGUGUUUCUAAAUGCAGUGGGCACCUCUGGAGUAUACCCACUGGCCUUUAUCAUUGGCGUGGAGAUGGUGGGUCCAAGGAAACGUGAGAUGUCCUCCAUCGUGCUCAAUUACUUCUACGCUGUGGGUGAGGCGCUUUUGGGGCUGGCUUUUUUCCUGCCCAACUGGCGGAAUUUGCAGCUAGUGCUCUCCCUACCGCCGCUGGUCUGCGUGGGAUACUUUUGGCUAGUCCCAGAGUCUGUACGAUGGCUCCUGGCUCGCGACCGGCGUGAACAGGCGGGCACUAUCAUCCGCAAAGUGGCCAAAGUGAACCGACGAGAUAUUUCAGUAGAGCUCAUGGCCAGCUUUAAACAACAAGAGCUGGAGGCGCAAGGGGUCACUAGUGAGGAAAUAGCAGCGGAUAUAACCCUCGUUGAACAGAAGGACGAUCAGAUUUGGGUAGCCGUCAAGCAGGUGCUCAGCUCUCACAUAUUAAUGGGUCGAUACGCUAUAAUGCUGUUUGUCUGGGCAGUGAAUGCCAUUGUUUACUAUGGUCUCUCCUUGAACGCCACCAGCCUGAGUGGCAACAAGUACCUGAACUUCACUCUGGUGUGCCUCGUUGAAAUCCCCGGAUAUAGUUUGGCUUGGGUGUUCCUACGCAGACUUGGAAGGCGUUGGGCUCUUUCCGGAUCGCUGCUUCUCUGCUCCGUAACUUGUGUGGCUAGUGGAUUUGUAACAAUGGCCCAAAGCGAAUGGAUUUGGAUUGGAGCUUUUUUUAAAAAAUCUUGGAUUUGUGCCAACUGGUUGGUGGUGUCGCUAUUCCUCAUCGGAAAACUAGGAAUUACAUCCUCAUUUGCUGUUAUUUACACAUACACAGCAGAAAUGAUGCCAACGGUUAUUCGCAGCGGUGGAGUUGGUGUAAUGUCUACUUUUGCGCGGUUUGGAGCUAUGCUGGCUCCCUUCGUUCCGCUAUUAGCAUCUUACUAUGAACCCCUGCCCUUGCUGUUAUUCGGGGCGACUUCCCUAGUGGCCGGACUCGUGUCACUUCUCCUGCCGGAAACAUUUCACAAAAAGUUACCUGACACGGUCGAGGAGGCGAUUGCACUGGGAAAAUGAUUCAAUGCUCAAAGUGACUAUUUUAAAUGUUUAUUAUACCCUUUGUCGCAUGGGUCACAACCUGGGAUUCGUAUGGUAUUAAAAGGUUGUCUUUGAAGACUUCUAAUACUCAUUUAAACAGGCACUUUUUUUUAAGCAUCUUACUAACAGCAUAUUAGCAAUAGACUGAAUAAAGAAUUAAAAUAAGAGAAUACAUAACGAACUUU